CCCAGAAUCAACAAGUCACAUCGUCACCACCGCCUACAAUUUCUCCCCCCUGAACCAACUGCGCAGAUCUACUCAGGGAGCGAGCCUCUCAAAUCGGUACUCUGAUCCGGUAGCUGCGGCAUGCUCCGCAGUCUGUCAAGAUGACCAGGCUCCGCGGAGCUUCCGUGAGCUCGUACGAGGUUUCGCGUGGUGGCAUCGACAGGCCCCAGUUCCACCGUUCCAAACUGCCCCCUAAUGCGCCCGACGUGAUCGCCCAGAAUACGAUAGAUGUCUCCGACCCUGCUCAAGUACUAUUAUGGUGUAGAGAUGAACGACGUCGUCAGUUCAACCUUCUGGUCCGCAGGUACAAGAAUCAACUCCUCUACGGAUGUCAGGAUCCUGGCUGCCAGACACCCACCUGCGCCAGUUACCGGAAACGCGUCACAGACGGCCCAUUUCGUCGAUAUACGGAGCUGAGCGCCCGCACGCUGGCUUGCUACUUGGCUAGUUUGGAUAAUGCGGAGGAUGGUCUUUGUCGCAAUCUCUCCCGGGUCCCCUACGAGCUUUCACCCCAUGACAAUCAACGUCGAUCAAAACGUCGAAAUCGUGCCUUGCCUUCGAACGAUUCCGCGCGAGAACGUACAGAGUCAAAGGAAGUGGGUCAUACUGGUACUGAUGAGGUGUCCCGGUCUUCACCGGCUCGGGAUAUAGGAUCACCAAGCUCGAACGACCGAAAUGGGAGGAGUCCAUCUCCUGGUUUGGGAUCUCAGGAUCAGGAGCUGGUCAUUGUGGAAGAGGACGCACCUGAAACGCAGCGACUGAAAGACCCGAAGUCGUUCACUCAGAACUUGUUCGAUACCCUAUCUCUCCGGAUGAUUGAAUGGCUGCCUCUACGACGGUCGCCAAAUACACUUGGUCCGGAUCCAGGUCGCUUAGACAUUCGUCCUGAAACUCGAUCACCAAAACCUGCGCGCGACGGGACACAGCCCUAUUCGGAUAAAGCACGGCCACAAUUAACCCGACAGCGGACACCGCAGCAUAUCAUACCCACAGGUGGUGCUCCCCAUACCCCUUCAUCGCGCCAUGUAAAUGGUCAGACUACCGCGUUGGAGUUGAGGCUUCCGAAUCAACGGGUCAAACGACUGUCGCUUACGGAGGUGGAUCAGUGGCGCCAGAAUCCCCGCGCGAGCUCAGAGGAGAAAUCCUAUCAGGAGUUGAAACCCGCUCGCAAGCUGACCGUCAAUACGCACGUCAGUGGCGAUGAACUACACAAUGUGCCUUCUCCGCCGGCAUUACGACAUCGUCCGCAAAAGCACCGGGGUAGAACGGGUGACGGAAUUUGCGUUCCUUCGCAAGAGAAGCAGAAGAAGGGGCGGCGUGUUUCAUGGGAUGGGGCGAAGUAUCUGAAUAACGUCCUACUCGACGGCCCCAAGAAGACCGAGCCCCCCAGCGACGAUCAGCUUCCUCUUGAGGCCCAGUCCCCUAGUGACAGCAAACCGAAGCGUCGAAGUUCCAGUCGGAAACGAACCAUCUCGGCCAUCCAGUCAUUGACCCAUCUCACGGGUGAGAUAAUUGAUGGGAUGAUGCAAAUGAUGGUUGUUUCCGAAGACGAGGCUGAACGGUGGAGGGAUGAGCUGACCUACAUGGAAUCCACCGGUAGCUUUGAAGAGUCGGAGUGGCGCUUCGCAACUCCCCGCCAGCGUCAAGUGUUUACCUUUAUUGCGCAAAGCACUUUUUACGCGUUGAGUAAUACCAAACAACUUCUUCUUUCGUUCCGACAGAAUACGGCCGGACCGUCCGAAACGAACGAGGAUCAUAACCGACCCAAUCUUGACCUUGCACAGCUACAACCAUCGCUCCAUAAACUGCUCCGUACCUGCCCCCGGGACAUUGUCUUCCACAGUCUCUGGAGCGCAACGGAAGCGAUGUUCGUCCCACCCAAAGAGCUUUCGAUGCCAGGAAAACCUGCCCGCCGGUCAUCCCAGAACUCGAGUGCCACAUCCACCACGCCCAUCAUUCGUCGAUCGGAUUCUGGAAGCAGUGAGCAGCUCACUGAUUCAAGUGCAGCAGAUAUCGCAACCGUCGCUAUGUUUGCCUUGGCCAGCUCGCUCCCCGAGAUUGAUGCAUCCACGUGGCGAACAAUUCUCCGAAUGCGUGCGGCUGGAGGAGUCGCCUCAAGCUCGGAUAUGAAAAAGCUCUCUGUCGCUAGGGCCCGUCUGAUAGUCGAAACCACCGAUAUGCUUGAGCAUGAGUUAGCGCUACGACUUCUAGGUCGCCUGGUGCGCGGUAUUGGCGCACGAUUGGCGUACCACGAAAUCUCCAAGGCCCGGCCGGUGUACUCGCGAGACCUACCACAACGUAAGAACAACGUUCUGGACAUCAUCGUGAACAACCUCAGCGAGCAUUACGGUGCAAUGACAGCUACCAUCAGCGACCCGAAUACGACUCCCCCUCCUGGCGCACCAGCCUUUAUUACCGAAUGGCUCCGGACGCUUCUCCUCAAGGAAUGGGAUGGCAGCGCGGAGCUAUCGCGAUGUAGCUCAGCCGGAGCAGCGGUGCGGAUUCUAUCCACACUGUAUAAGGAGCGCGACCGUCUAGGUCUGAUUCCAGAGGACUUUCAGACGCCAUUUCUCUCCGAUCGGCUAGAGCCCUUGGACAUGCCUGUGGAGUGGAUUGAAAGCGGGCCCAGUAACAAGACACUGCAUUUACUCUCCUACCCCUUUCUAUUCCCGCCGUCGGCAUUGGUGAUAUACUUCCGUGCCCUCAAUUAUGCCGCCAUGUCCAAGUACUACGAAGCCGCCAUGACGACGACCAGACACGUGACACAGACCGCGUUUGGGCCGAUUCGGGUCCAAGACGACGUUGGCCUGCUUGCACAGUUGAAGACGUCUAUGUCGACGUAUCUGGUUCUUGUGGUCCGCCGCGACAGUCUACUGACGGAUGCACUCAAUCAGCUGUGGCGACGUGAGAGACGGGAACUCAUGCGGCCGUUGAAAGUGCAAAUGGGGAUGGACGAGGGAGAGGAGGGCCUGGAUCAUGGUGGUGUCCAGCAAGAGUUUUUCCGAGUCGUAAUGGGAGAAGCAUUGGAUUCGUCCUUUGGCAUGUUUACGACGGAUGCGCGGACGCGGAUGUCAUGGUUCCAGCCCUGUUCAUUGGAACCUCUGUACAAGUUUGAGCUGCUCGGAUUGUUAAUGUCCUUGGCGGUUUACAACGGGCUCACCCUUCCGGUGAACUUUCCCACGGCGUUUUACCGCAAGCUACUCGGGCUCAAGGUGAAACAUCUGGAGCACAUCCGAGACGGAUGGCCCGAACUCACCAAGGGACUGGGGGAUCUCCUCACUUGGGAGGACGGUGACGUGGGCGACAUUUUCAUGCGGACCUACGAGUUCAGCUUCGAGGCCUUCGGCCUAGUUGAGACGGUAGACAUGCAGAAAGUCGACCGAGAUGCCCCAUGGCCUGCUACAUCCACGCCAGGCCGUGGCCUCAGCGGAUCCCGGUCCCUAGGGUUCUCACCACCAUGGUCGGAGGUCCGCCAUUAUACCGAUCACGUCAACUUGAGCCCCCCGUCUUCGAUGGCGGCUGAGACCGCGGGGUCGUACGGGGACACUACGAAAGCCACCGAUACGCUGGUACCUGUCCAGUCACCGACCCCCCCGGGCGAUGAGGCCUGCCUUGUGACUAACAACAAUCGGUCCGAAUUUGUCAAGGAUUAUGUCUUCUGGCUGACGGACAAGUCCAUCCGUCCGCAAUUCGAGGCGUUUGCGCAGGGAUUCUACACGUGCAUAGACCGAACGGCGCUGUCAAUUUUCACCCCAGAGGCAUUAAAGACGGUGGUCGAGGGGAUCCAGACAAUCGAUAUUCGCGAGCUGGAGCGUCACACUCGCUACGAGGGUGGGUUCGGACCGAGUCACCAGGUGAUCCGGGACUUCUGGAGUAUUGUCCGGCACUACCCGGCCGAGAAGAAGGCGCAGCUGCUGGAGUUUGUCACGGCCAGCGAUCGGGUUCCAGUCAAUGGGAUUGCGAGUAUCAUGUUUGUGAUCCAGAAAAACGGGGUUGGGGAUGCUCGCCUUCCCACCAGUCUGACCUGUUUCGGCCGGCUGCUGUUGCCCGAAUAUUCAUCGCGUAGUGUGAUGGAAGAAAAGCUGAGCAAGGCGUUGGAGAACGCGCGGGGAUUUGGCGUUGCUUGAUUUCGGGAUUGGUUUGCAUGGAACGGGAUUGGAUGUUUUUUUUUUGAGUGGAUCCCUGGUGUAUAUGUCGUACUUCAUACCCCAUUGUUAUCCAUAGAUAGUGAGAAUCUUAGCGUGGCAACGACCACUCGAUAUA